AUGUCCUCCGAGAUGGUGUCGCGUCGUAACAGUACGAUGUCGAGCACCACGAGUGCCCUAGGGAUCGCACCGGGCUCGUCUUCGGCCUCAACCUCUACUUCGUCGAUCCUGGCAGCAAAUUCACAACGCGUGGUACUACCCCUUUCAAGCUCAUUGCUCAACCUGGUACCGGAUCAUCCGAUACUACACACGCUUUCCCGGCCUAUCUUGCCCAGGAUCGCGUAUCUCGAAUCGUUGGUACUCAAGUCGCCGCCGUCGCGUGUGCUUCAACGGAUCGUAGGAUUGUCACCCUGGGCGAUCGUCUUGCUCGCCAACGUCGGACUGGUCGCAGGCUUAGCGAGGUGGAGAGACCAAUGGAGGGUCAUGUUGACCGUAUCGGGUGUCGCAGAAGGGGUGACCAAGACGUUCAAAGUCCUUGAUCGACUCGACCGCGAGGGGGACAAGGACGAUGAGCUCCUCACGAUAGAUCAUGAGUACAACCCAGACAUCGCAGGCUUGGACUCGGUCGCAAAACAAGAGCUCCGACAAGAACGCAUCGACUCGUAUCGCCGCGAACUCAAGCACGUCCUGUCGUUCUGGUUGUUGUUCGCCCUACUCGGCGCGACCGAAUCCGUUCGAGCAUCGGCAUCGACCGUACCCCUAUCGACGCGAUUAGCGCCUCUCACACGGUCCCUCAAGUCGCUCAUGCGUCGACUGGCUCUGCGAUACCCCAAUUCGCUCUCCCGCAUUCCCGAAACGUUCAUUCCCGCCAGUCUGUCAUCGAACCCGACGGUCGCUCAGAAGCGUCGACCGUUCCCUCAACCGCGGCGGCACGUCUCCAAAACGAGCGCCCUUACGACCCCUUCUCUCCCCGUCGUGCUCUUCAAUUCGGAGCCUCGCUACCGGAUUUUCAAGCUCCUCAUCCUCUGGCAAGGCCUGAGAAGGGAUGGUUUCGGCGCCUCGGCCUUAUGGGACUGGUUCGUCGGCCCCAUUUUCGGAGCGUACCAUCGACGAAGGUCAGCCCAGGCGCUCGAGAAGGAUUCGAAUGGCCUCCUUAAGAUCCCUCGUCGGAGAGUGAUUAAUCUCGUCGUUUCGGAGGAAGAGGAAGAAGCUUACCUCAGGGGAACGACGGGGGGAUCUUCGAGGUCGACGACGACGAUUCUUGAUCAGGCGUUUGAGCCGGCUCGGUUUUCAACACGAAAUGAGGGGACACGAUCGACAACGAGUUCGUCCGCUUCGUCCUCGACGGCAACGUCGCCUUCGUUCUAUCGAGGCUCAGGGGCCGGAGGAGUAGGCGGUGGCAACCAUUACGACGAUUAUGAAACUGGGGAAGCGGACGAAUCGUACGAUUCGAUCACAUCAUCCGUCUCCUCGACGGAAGGAUCAACGGCCUUCCCAACACCCAACGUCCCUUUCCGAUUGACAUCUUCUUCGCACCCGAUCCAGGCGAGAGCUCAUUCGUUCCCUGGAUCAACGUCUUCGAGUUACCUUGCGAACAAUAAUCAUGGAUCGCCGAGUCCUGCUUCGCGUGGGUUUGGAGGGUACGAACUGGGGAAUGGGAGUGCGCUGGGGGCAAAGUGGUCUGAUUGA